ACGGAAAAAUGAUAGAUUCGUUUUGCUUUUUUUAAAAUGUAUAUAUGUUAUUAUUGAAUUUCUCUCUUCCCUUUUUUUUUAAUGUAUAUGGAAUAACGUGUGGGAAUGCUCCAGGAUGAAUAUUACAGAAACAUCCGUAGCGACGGAUGCGAGAGAGAGAGGGAGAGAGAGAAUGAAUGCGAUGGGGUGUGUUAAGUGUUCGAUAGGCUGCUCUUUCGUAAAAAUAAUCCAGUCGUGGUUGAGAGAAAAGAAAAGAAAAAAUUGUAAAAGAAAUAGAAAAGAAAUAAAAUUGUUAGAAAAGAAAUAAAAUUGUUAAUAAGAAUGAAGUGACUGUUAUAUCUUAUUUGAACUGUACGGUCCUGACUUGAAAACUUCUGGAAUUCAGAGGAAAGGAAAUUUCAGUCGCAGUGUAAGACUAUUGGAUGCCGAGAGACGGGGAGGAUCCGUAACUCGCAACCCAGUCCUGUUCGUGGCUGAAAGCUCGUGGAACCUUGUAUUCUAUUGUAUUUAAUUUCGUUUAAUCUCGUGGAACCGUAUUCAAUCGUAUUUAAUUAACCGUAUUCAACCGUAUUUAAUCGUAUUCUUGCUUUGCCCGAGCGGAUGUUCUUUGUGGCAGAGCGAAAGCCUGAUCUCGGAACCCCAAGGCGAGUGCUGGCCCAGUGAGCCGUGGCAAUAGCAUUGAAAAAAAAAUAUAAAAAGAUUGAUGGAAUAAUGAGAGACAGUAGUGAGUGUGUUUUGGUGCCGAGUCGAAUUCUCUACUUUUUAUCUUCCAUUUUUUACGUCGGUGAUGAAAUUGGCAAGGUUUUUUCCCCCCCUAUAUGAUAAGAAAAUUGAAAAGAAAUUCUUUAAUUUAUCCAAGGGGAAAAAAAAAAAAAAGAUUGACAGAAUAAGGAGAGACAAUAGUGAGUGUGUUUUGGUGCCGAGUCGAAUUCUCUACUUUUUAUUUUCCAAUUUUUUAUGUCGGUGAUGAAAUUGACAAGUUUUUUUCCCCCCUAUAUGAUAAGAAAAUUGAAAAGAAAUCCUUUAAUUUAUCCAAGGGGCAGGGAAAGUGCAAUCGCUUUUGUGUAGACGAGCAUCUCGCAGCUCUCGAGACCGCUCCCUUAUUUAUGUGAUUUUGAAUUAAUUGAGGCCAAAGAGAUGUACUUUACAAGGUGGAAAAAAUACCUUCAUAAGAGGGUCUUACCGAGAUUUGAUUGUACGAGUUGAUUUAAGUCAGAUGGAAAGAAGAUCUUCGCAGGACUUGAGUAUAUCAAUAUGAGAAGUUAGUGAACUGAAAAUAGAGCUAAGAGUAAUGUACAAUAUAUGUAAGACAGAAGCAAUGGAAGAUAUGAUUUUUAUUGAGAAAGAGGGCUGUUUCCCAGGCAUUGUAGAAAGAAACAGUUACCUGUGAGGAAUGUGUAGAAGUUCGAGCAGGAUGGAGCAGAAUCUCUUUCUUGUUCCAGGUUUGAGUGUUCCUACUUGAUAUGGCCAGUGCCAAGAGCUACAUGACUGAAAGGGAACACCUCUGACUUUUUUAAGUAAAGUGCACAAAGAAUUCCUAAGCUCAGUGUGUUUUGAGGCAGAUAUCCCAUGUGUGGGGUGGCACGGGACACGGUCGGCGAGAGUGACUUUGUGCCCCCAUUGGAGGCAGCCAUGCCCCCAUCCAUCACUUUGGGGUCUGAGCCUCCCAAGCCAGCGUCGGGGCCUGGGGAACACCCGCCUCUGCAGCAGCCUCCAGCCAACAAGGACAUCCCCACCAUUGACCUCUCCUGCGACGAAAAUGACGACCUCCAGAAAGCUAUUGCACUUAGUCUCCAGGACCAGCAGGAGACUCCAACGCUUCAGGGAAUCUCAGCCGAAGACCAGGAGGUGUCCAGGGCUUUGGAGGCAAGCCUUAAGGACUCCCAACCCCAGGCCACCAUAGACCUGCUCAAUCCAAGGGAGCGUAAGAGGCAGCCGGGAGUUCCUGUAGGCUUGAAGAACAUAGGUAAUUCGUGUUGGUUUAAUGUCAUAAUUCAGCCUCUCUUCCAUAUCCCUGCAUUCCGUGACAUGAUCCUUAACUUCUCCCAAGAUGUGGACAUUGAUGAACAGAUGGAGGAGACCCAGAAGUCCUCAAGGCAGCUUGUUCCAGCACUAAGAAAGUUAUUUGCUCUUAUGAUUGGUUCCAACAGGAAGUACAUUGAUCCUAGUCAUGCAGUUCACAUAUUUCAGGGACAGGAAAUGCGGAAGAAUGCCCAGCAAGAUGUUUGUGAAUUUACACAUAAGCUUCUUGAACGGUUAGAGGAGGAAUACCAGCAGCUUCUUAGAAGGCAAGGUGUAGAGAAGGAGAGUUCUGGAUGUCAUGUUUCUAAAGAUGCAGAUUUUGAUAAUCCAAUUAUGAAACUUUUUUAUGGUCAGUCAAAGAAAGAGGCAAAUGAAGAUGAGGAUGGACCUAAACUUGAGGCCUUUGGACAGUAUCCUCUUCAUGUGAUGAAAUAUGAGGAUAUUCAUGAGAGCAUCCUUGCCUCCAUGUCAACCAGCAUGCCGAACAUGACAGGAGAGACUGUGGAACCAGUGCAGCAAGAAACGUGGUUCAAGAUGCUUCCUCCUGUCUUAAUAUUCUCUCUCUCUAGGUAUGAAUAUUCACUUGAAAAGAAGAGAGCAGAAAAAGUGCACAACAAAUUUGAGUUUCCAGAGUUCCUAUACAUGGACCGUUACAUGGAAAUUAACAAAAAGCUAAUAAAAGAGAAACACAUAAAAGUUGCAAAGAUAAAGGGUGAACUAAACAGCCUAACAGCAACACUUGAUAGGUACCUAAAGUAUGGGAAGGGGGAUGCAAAGUACCCAAUUGGAGAUAUUCUCAAAUACACUCUGGACUUUGCUCAGACAGGGCUAAACCCAAGUCAGGAAGUUGAAUCAAAUAAUGUUCUGUCUCCCUCUAUCAUGGAGGUGGAUGGCAUUGAAAGUUGUGAAAAUGAUGUGGAAAUGACUGAAGAUCCAGAGGUUAAAAGAGUCCAGGAAAAAACUGUGCUUGAUAGAGAAAAUGAGAAGAUUGAGGAUAGAGGAGAGGAACUAGAAAAUAGUGAAGUUAUCAAAUCUGAGGAUAUUGAAAACAACUUGUCAGUCAAAGAAGAUUCUAUUCAAGAGGGACAGACUGAGAAGGAAGAGAUCAUGACCAACUGUGUGGAAGAAGGCAACCCCAGACCUAUAGAUGAUGAGCCUCAGCAGCUCCCGUCUCCUUCCAAGAGGAUGCGGAUACUUCCUCCAGCCCCAAGAAACAUCACCCCCUCAGAACUGAACAUCUUGCAGUCAUGCCUCUCUCGCUGGCUUCAGGACAUCAAUUCUCAAGUAGCCGAGCUAAAGAGAUGCAUCAGUGAACUUGAACAACAAUUGCGGCAAAUGUAUGAUGAGCCAUACCUAAAGAGAAUCCCUUAUAGACUGCAUGCUGUUGUGGUUCAUGAAGGUCAGGCAUCUGGGGGACAUUACUGGGUAUAUACAUUUAAUGGUGCGAGAAAAACUUGGGUAAAGUUCAAUGAUAUACAGGUUGUUGAUUCCAACUGGGAGGAGUUGCUACAGGACAGUGUAGGUGGUCAGAAUAAUGCUAGUGCAUACUGCCUUCUUUAUAUUGAUGAGAGCCGCUACAAUGUGCUGUUUCCCCAGCCUCCAGAGAGCAUGGAAAACAUGCUAGCAAACCUAGCAAUUGAUUUACAGGAAUAUUUAAAGAAUGAUAACAUGGCAUUUGCAAAAGAAUUAGAGGAGUGGGACUUGAAGAAUGAAAAGGUGGAACAGGGAAAAGUUGCUGUUAGACCUCAUCAAGAACAGCAAGGUUCAACUGGUACUUGGGACAACAGCAUGGCUCUAGCACCUACGACAGCACCCAAUUCCCCUGAUGUGAUCUGUGUUGAGGACCCUGAGGAGGCCAGCUUCUUCACUGAUGUGCAGACAAUGCUCUCACAGACUGUGCUAGAUGCUUUAAAUAAAAAAGAUGAUAUUUCCUUGCAGAAAGAUCAUGGGAACAAUUUGACUCACAUUUUACGAACUGAAUUUUUACGACUGCAGAGUUUUGCAGAUGUUAAUGCUGAUAGUAGUCCCUAUGGUGAAUCAUCAAUUUUAGACUUUGGUGUAUAUCUCAUAAGAAAUAACCAAAGUGUGGAGCCUCUACUUCAUUGGUAUGGUUGUGAGGUUGUUUGGCAAGUAGCCCAGAGCUGUAGUGAAAGAACCCCACUUAUAGAACGUGUGGCAAUGGAAGCAGCACAGCGGCUACACCAGCUCCGAGAGCAGCACCAGCGUACAGCGGGGGCUGAAUAUAGGGGUUGGAGACGCCACUAUCGCACUUUGAUCAACUGUGCCUGGCAUUUAGUAUAUGGACAUAAGCAAUACGAGAAAGGUUGCCUGGAACGUGCCUUGCCACUUUUACUUCAAGCUUGCAAAAUUCACACAGAUUUAGCUGAACGGCCACCUGCAGGCACAAGGAAGACCUUAGACAGACAAGUACUCUGGCAGUGUCGCCGUGCUUGUUUGUUGUCCCUCAAUAGACAGCUUGUAGAAACCUUUCUAAAUGGGGAGGGUGAACAAUUAAGUGAUAUUCCAAUUAGCGUUUCAACAUUAGUGGUUCCUGCUAUAUCGCAGCUCUCUUCAGAGAAGGAGGAUAGUUCUACUGCAGCAGAAGUCCGCGCUCAAUGGUGCUCGCUUUUGGAGCGGCAGCCAGGUUCCCCAGGCAAAUCUAAAAUGAUCGAACAGAUUCUGGAGGGAGUCUUGAGCGGUGGAGGGGAAACUAAAGGUGGAUUGCCACUGCAGAUACCACGCCCACCAGCGGUACUUCCACUUUAUAAGCAGUACGUGGAUGCUUGUAAUGCUAUCAUGUCUGCCUCAUCGAAGCCCAAGGCGCAGACUAGUGAUUUGUGAAACAGUUUUGUAAUAGUCCCGCAGGCAUCAUCACGCUUUUAAAAGUGAUAGGUAUAUGUGAUCAUUUGGAAAAAGCUUUAGAAAUCAUAACUUGAAGGCUUAAAAUUGCCAUACAUAAAAAAAAAAUGAAAGUUGAAGGGGAGAAAAUGAAAAUUGAUACUUUCGAUCACAAGUGUGAAAGUUCGGAUAUGAAACUUGAAUGAAA